CUGGUGGUGAAUCAGUGAUGACUUGGGGAUGGUGAUGAGCGUCCCAACAGUCUCCAGUGCUUAGUGACGGCUGUGCUGCUGGAUAAGUUCCUGCAGCAUAUUAUCGACGUGGUCCGCGACUCCGUCUAUCUCUCUCCAUGAUCACGUGUACUCGGAAUCUCGAUUAUGGUGACGCCUGGGACAAGAAGCUUCCUUGCCUGCUUACCUGAGUGACAUCCCAGGUCGGAUUGUCGAUAGUCGCGUAGGCGCCGCGUACCGCUGACACACACUCCUGGAUGAACUGGGUGGGUGUGGCUACGAGGUAAUAAUGGUGAGCCGUAAGGAGGGACGAUGAUGGCGGCCCCCUUGGUGGCGACCGGCUGACUGAGUGAAGGACUGCCUGGCUGCCUCCUCCGCUGCUGUCAUGCUGAGUAGAAGUCUUGUAGUGGGCCGCUGGCUGGCACAGAGGGAGAUACGGCCACUUUGGCAGGCCUUACAGGGUGUGGAGAGGCCAGCACUCUUGGGGACCAGAUAUAGGGUACUGGGAGCUGCCCCAUGCCUGCUGUGUGGUCAGCUGCCACGCACAGCUUUCCAUACCUCUGCUGCUCUCAGCAAGAGAAGGAAAGACAAAGAUGCCAAGAAUGCAAUUCAGUUGAACCCCAAGGCAAUGAAGCUGGAAAAACCAAAGGCUCGUGUUGUAUCAAUCUGGAAGAACAUGACAGUACUUGAGCUGUCCAAGGCCAUCGAGAGAGACAUUGACACAGUGUUUGAAAUCUUCCUGUACGUAGAUGGCAGUGACCAUUAUGACGAACCUAAUGCCCCCAUCACUAACUUACGUGUGGCCCAAGAGACAGUGAAGCGAGCUGGCCUGAGAUUCAAAAUAGAGGGCAGUCCAGUGAAGGUGGAACAGGAGACCAAGAACAAGGAUGCCUUCAGAAGAUCACCAGCAGAAGAAGAAAAAUUGGUGCGACGGCCACCAGUGGUCACUAUCAUGGGCCACGUUGAUCAUGGGAAGACCACCCUCCUGGACAGCCUCCGAGACACCUGUGUUGUUCAGUCAGAGCAUGGUGGCAUCACCCAACACAUUGGAGCAUUCUCAGUGCAGCUGGAGAGUGGAGAACAGGCAACCUUCCUGGACACUCCUGGCCAUGCUGCAUUUGGGGCCAUGCGGGCACGGGGCGCCAUGGUGACUGACGUGGUGGUGCUGGUGGUGGCAGCGGAUGAUGGGGUGAUGGCCCAGACCCAGGAGUCCCUCAAGCUGGCCCAGGAAGCACAUGUGCCAAUUGUGGUGGCCAUCAAUAAGGUGGACAAGCCUGAAGCAGACGUGGCCGGCACAAGGAAAAUGCUACUUAAUGCAGGAUUGCAGUUGGAGGAGCAGGGUGGAGAGGUGCAGGCAGUGGAGGUGUCUGCCCUCACUGGCCAUAACCUAGACCAAUUAGUUGAGGCUGUGGUGACCCAGGCAGAACUCCUGAACCUGCGCUCUGACCCUACUGGCGCCGUGGAAGGUGUGGUGGUGGAGUCCAGGACAGAUCCUGGUAGGGGAAAGGUGGCAACGUGUGUCAUCCAGCGGGGCACACUCAGCCGUGGUGCCGUGUUGGUGGCAGGAACCGCCUGGGGCAAAGUGAGAAGCAUGUUCAAUGAUGCUGGGAAGCCUAUCAUGUCUGCCCCUCCAGCCACUCCGGUCCAGGUGAUUGGGUGGCGACAGUUGCCUUCAGCUGGGGAUGUGGUGUUGGAGGUGGAGGGGGAGCAUCGUGCUGCAGAGGUGGUGGAGUGGCGGGAAGCUGUCUUGAAGAAGCAGCAGCAGGAAGAUGAUGCAACAGCCAUUGAAGAGAAGUUGCAGGAGCACCUCAAACAGUACCGAGCACAGCGGGAGGAGAAAAGGAAAAUGGGAGUAAGGUACAAGCUACGCAAGCGAGGUCCCCGGCCAAAGGAGAAUGUGGAGGAGGACGGGCCACCCAAGGUAUCACUUGUGCUGAAAGGAGAUGUAGAUGGAUCAGUGGAGGCCUUGCUGGACACCUUUGACACCUACCAUGGCACAGAAUGUCACCUGGACCUAAUCAGUUAUGGCGUUGGACCUGUCACUCCCAGUGAUGUGAACAUGGCUUCCAUGUUCUCAGGUAUUAUCUACACCUUCAAUGUGGAGGUUCCAAAAGAGGUGCGGACGUUAGCCUUGAAAAAAGGUGUGACCAUCUCAGAACACACAGUCAUCUAUCACCUCAUUGACCAUCUCAAGGAAAGGAUCUCUGCACAGUUGCCUAUCAAGGAGGAGGAGGAAGUACUUGGUGAAGCAAAUGUUCUGGAGGAGUUCUUGAUCACUGAGGGACGCAAGAAAGUUCCAAUUGCUGGGUGCCGGUGUGUGAAGGGCAGCCUAAAGAAGAAUGCCUUGUACAGGGUGGUGCGAGGCCAAGAGACAGUCCAUGAGGGUGAACUGUCAUCCAUGCGUCACCUGAAGGAGGAAGUGGAAAGCAUAACAAGAGGGAAGGAAUGUGGUCUGUGCUUUGCUGACCACGACCUCAGAUUUCAGUCUGGUGAUACACUGAUCUGCUACAGAAUCAAGCAGGUCCCUCAGACAACAGACUGGGAUCCUGGUUUCUAAGGCUCACAUGUUAAAGAUUUUUUUUUUUUUUUUUUUUUUUUUUUUUUUUUUUUUUUUUUUUUUUUUUACAUACAGUAGGCCAUUUCCCACACACGUGAGGUGAAGCAUGAGGAAAGGGUGGAGUGCAGGAAUGUAUUUCAGUCCAAAGUAAUGAGUUGCCUGCAGACUGUCCAAUGGAUGUUUAGUUUUACAGUGGAUUUGCAGGACAUUUGUACACAUGCACUUUAUUUUUUCUCAUUUUCACAUAAACUGUCUCUAGCUUUUUUUAUUUUCUUCCGUUAUAUAUUUGGAGUAUCUUUCAUAAUAUAACGUGUAUUUGUAGGAAUGCAUGUGCAUGUACACAUUUAAGAAUAUAUACAUAUCCUCACACAGACACAGAUACAUAUUGUAAUUUUUAGUAAUUUUCCUUGUCAAAUGUUAAUUUUAUUUGUUAAUACAUGAGACCAAUCACUUCAAGAUUUUCAGAAUCUUCAGGUCAUAAGUACAAGAACAAAGUGUUACUCAUUAGUUCUCUGUUUCAGCCAACUCCAUUUUCCAACACACCCUCGCACAGUCAUCCUCGUCAGUAUUCCCUUGAACACUUACAUUCAUCACUCUGCAUAAGUGUGACCACAUUUUGAGGAUGGACUAAAUGGUGGAUUGGAACCAUGUAGCACAUCACCAGGAUCUAACUGAGUCUUAUGGUUUCACUUAGGGAGCUGUAGUGCAUGUUGUAUGUCUCCAUGUUGUAGAAUGCAGCUAUAAGGGAUAUGAGCAGUGCUAGAAAUUACUGAUUUCCCCGCAUACCAUAAAGAAAUAAGUCACUAUUUGAAUUUUUGUUCUGCUCUCUCCUUGAAUAUCACUACACGUGCGUGGAAACUGGCAAAAUGUAUGGUAAAAUGCCGUUGUUUUUGUUGUGUUGUUAUUAUAUUAAGAAAUAGUAUUACGUCAUAUGAUGUAAAUAUAAAGUUGUUUUAUAU